GUAUCUGCCACCCCCUGAACUUCCUCACGUUGGCCUAGUUUGCGCACUGGGCUAGCACAAUGGACUUCCCACAUUGUGCCAUAAACGACUUACCUGGGCUCCUAUGGAGCAACGUGGCACUGCUUUCGAUUACGGGCAUCAUCGUUGUGUCUUCGUUCCUCAGCCAGCUCAAGGACGCUGCCCCUUACGGGCGACAUGCCACGCCGGAGAAGGAGAAGCAAUGGGGACCUCCCAUUCCACAACGCGUGGCCCACUUCCUGAGUGACGCCCUCCCCGGCGUGCCCUUCUGCCUGGCCGUGUACCUGAUCUACGCGGGCUCGCUGCCCGCAGGCGAGCCCUUCAGCGAGGUCCGCGGUGUGAACCUGGUGAUGUUGUGCGGAUGGCUGCUGCACUACCUCUACCGCGGCUUCAUCACGCCCUUCAUCAUGCCCUACAGCAGUCGAACGGUGGCGCUGGGCAUCCCGCUCGCAGGCAUCGUGCCCAACUGCAUAUUCGGAUACCUCGUCGCCACGCAGCUGGCGUGCACCCGGUACCCGUCGGACUGGGCCGGCCGCCCCCGCUACAUCAUCGGAGUUGUGCUGUACGCCCUCGGUACGGCAAUCAAUCGCUGGGCUGAUCUGAAACUGCGGGCGGGGCGGUUGGAGAUGCUGCGUCGCCGCCAGGCGGCGGCGGCGACGGCGGCUGGCAGUGGCGGCGGGGCGGAUGCCGCCGCCGGGGCGGCGGCAGAGCGUGGCUCCAAGGCAGUGGCUGCGGUUGCCGGGGCUGGCAUUGGCGCUGCAGGAGGUGGUGGUGGCGAGGGCUCGGCGGCGGGUGGCAUGCGGGAGAGCUUGCUGGAAUUUUCGAGGGACGGCGGCGGCGCGGCCGGAGGCGUUGGCGCGCCGGCGGGCGCGAGCUCGUCGCCGGCUAGCUUGAGCGUGAGCAUCAAGGAUGGCGGCGCAGGAGCGGGCGGCGGCGGUGGCACCGUCGGCGAUGUACGGGAGCGGUACUUCAUACCGCAGGGGGGCUUGUACGAUUACAUCGCCUGCCCCAACUACCUCGGCGAGCUGAUUGAGUGGGCGGGCUUCGCCGUGGGCACUUGGUCAUGGCCGGCGUUGUCGUGGCUGCUGUUCUGCACAUCCACCUUCGUGCCGCGGGCCCUGACACACCUGCGCUGGUACCGCGACACCUUCCCCGAGUACCCGCGCUCCAGGAAAGCCCUCAUCCCCUUCGUACUGUAGGUGGUAGGUGUUGCGUAAGGCCGGGCAGUCGUGCUGCUGUAGGUGUUGCGAUGCAAGGUGUGCUGUGAGGAGCAGAUAGAUGGAUUGGCUGGGGAGACCAUGCGUGCCCUGUGCUGUCGUGUGUGCUGCAUUGUGGCAGAGUGGGUGGGUUGGCGGCGGUGGCGGCUGGCAGGGCCGCAGCAUGUAUGGGUGCUGCGGGGGUGCUGCUCGGGUGCUGCAGGAGUGCGGGGGAGUGCGGGUUGUGGCUGCUGCAUGGGGGCGCGCUGCAUUCAUUCGAGCUGAAGGCGAGGCUGGAACCCAUGGAACAAUUGCGCCAGUUACACGCAAGGGAAGUGUGUACAAUGGAAUUACGUACGUGUUUGGAUGGGUUGUGGCGGUUGUGUUGAUUACUCAAAUGCAGUGACUUCCAGAUGUGGCGAGGGGCUGCCACCAGGAGAAAGGGUUGAUUGGGGAACUUGGCAUUUGUUUGGAUGCGGUCGGCGGCGUGGCAAGGUUCCAAGCUCAGCAUUGGGGUGGGUCAAACUGCGGUGGAAAAGGCCGCGUGUGUUCGUCGGGCGCCUGAAGGUAGCGCGUGCGUGAUUGCGGGGCGAGAGCCGGCUGAGAGGUCAUGCAAGCAGUUCACCGCUUUCUUGGAACGUGACACCCACGCUGACACAAGCCCAGGUCCUUCUCGAGAUGUGAACGCAAUUUCCUCUGCGCCAUUUACUUCAUGAA